AUGAGUCGACGAAAGAAAUCCCGAUCAAUCUAGAAACUUAAACCGCAUGAAAUAAACAUGGCCGCAUUUGCAGCAAAGGUUUUGUCAGAGAUGGGCUGGGAGCAGCAUUAUGCCCUCCCAGUCCUCAACAAUGAAAACAAGGUUUUAAUAGACGAGAUAUGUAAUAUAAAGAGGGAGCUCCUGAAACUGAAAAACAAACGCGAGACCAAUCAAGAAAAAAAACAAUUAGGGGACGAUUGCCUGAGAAAUGCAAAAAAGGAGCUGGAACUCACAGAGGCUCUGUGUAGAGCCAAAGACAGAGAGGAAAAUCUGGAAAAACACCUCACCGCCAUCGCCGAAAGAGAAAAGGGCCGUCUGGGGCAGGAAAAUACGAAGAUGGAAAAAGAUCUUCAAUAUUUGGCUGAGAAGAUAAAAACUCUUGAGAACCACAUUUUGAAGGCGAAACACAAGCUGGAGCAAUUUCGGCUGCAAAUGAACUGGGACCAGCAGGCCAUGAAUUCUUUUUUGGAGGAGUCGACCAGAAAAGAUGAUGACAUGAUGGCCAUUAUGAAGUACUCACAUCAGGACGAGCACACCAUCAAGUCGCUUACUUUGGCCAUUGAGAGGACAACAGUGGAGGGCAACAAAAAGCACAGAGCACUCGACAAGGAAAUGACAGAGACUUUAGCCGCACAGAUCGCUUUAGACAAGACGACUGAGAAUUUGCAGCAGGCUCACAUGGAAACUGAGCAGAUCAUCCACCAAUGGGAAAACACCAUCCAGCAGAUGAAGCAAAGAGAUGCAGAUAUGCAUCAGUGUGCUCUGAAACUUGCAGACACCAACCAGGUCAUCAGGGAAAGGAACGGCACUUUGACAGAAAUGAAGCACCUGCAGGAGGCCCAGUUCAACGACAACAGGGACAAAGAGAAGAAGCUGGCUACAGCCAAUCAGCGAGCCGCAAAACUGCGACUCAACUUCAAGGAGCAGGAGAGGAAUUACGUUGAGAUGCAGGAUGAGCUGAAAACUUGCAGAGCUUUACUGGAUAGAACAACCAGCAGUGUGCACUCGAUGAGGUCUCACAUAAGCAGGCUCAAGGAAGACAUCCGGAACAACAACGACAAACUGAUUCAGACUGGGGCCCAAAAUGUUGCCCUGGAGGAGAAGCUGAAAUCGGAAUGUGAAAACGCCCUGAGUGAGAAAGAGAGAGCUGCCCAGAUGGAAAUUUUCCUCAAGGAAGAGGAGCAGGCCAUCAAGGAGCUGGAAGUUCAGCUACGUGAACGUGGCAAGGACCUCGUCCGCUGCAAACAGCACGGGGAGGAAUUUAGGGAAAAGGAAAAGAAUUAUAUGGCGCAUAUAUUACGGAGCAGGUGCACCAUCAACGCGUUGGAAAACCAGCUCAGGAAACAGGAGGACUAUUUAGUCAAACAGAUGAUGAUCAUGAAUGAAAAGGACUCCCAGUUGAUCAUUUUAGACAAAAAACUAGCACGACUGCAAGGUAUUGUCGGUGAUUCCGACGAAAAGAUAGGGAUGGAGUUGAAGAUCACGGAGAUGCUGGCAUCCCUCGAGGAGAGGAAGAAGACGUCCAGUAAGGUCCUCAUCAAAAUCAAGGAGUCGGAGGAGGACAUUCGCUAUUUGAGGAAAGAGAGGGAGGAUUCCGCAGAUCAGAAGGAAGAGCUGUCCAACAAAGUAGCAGAGGUCAAGCUGAUCAAUAAUAAUAUCGAAAGAGAGCUGAAGAAACUUCGGUUGAAGAAACAGGAACACAUCGUGGAGCAGAACAUCUCCAAGCUGGAGGUCAAGCGUAAGAGGGAUCUGCUGUUCAAUAAAGCCAACAGCGUGCUGUCCUUGGAGAAAAGACAACUGAACGUGAAGAAAGCCAUCCAGGAGAGGCAAGAGGAGAUCAGAGUCUACAGUCAAAUGCUCAAUCAGCAGUUGAGGACCACGGAGCAGGAGAGACAGAAAAUCAGUAUGGAACUGAAUGGAAAGCUGUCCAAGAUUGAAGCCGCGAAGAAACACUACGAGAUCGUGACCUUUACCAUGGCGGCCCAAGAGGAUGAUGAGGAUGCGGUGAAGUCUCAAGCGCAUUACAUCGCUAAGGCUGCGCUGGAGAAGGCAGAACUCAAGCAGCAAGGAGAGUGUCUAAAUAACAAAAUCCGCAAAGCCGAACAGGAAAAUAAAGCUCUGGAGAACACGACUCUAUUGUUCCACAUCAGUAAUACUGGAUUUCACACAACAGUCGUCAAAGCCAAAGAAGCCACUCCAGAUUACCAGGAAAAGUUCCAUCUUGAAGAACAGCUUCAGGUAGCCAAGGAGACAUUGGAGUCCAAGAGGCAACUCGCUCAAAAGCUUCGAGAGGAGCUGCAGGAAAUUAACAGUGCCUUGAAGAACCGCCUCCAAGCCAAACAGGAUCUGGAGAAAGAAGUCAGGCAGCUGAUGGAGUUCAACGAUUCCAUCGACGAGAUGCUGGUCACCGCCACCAAGUUCAAACCUCGCCUCAAAUCGGCGCUGCAGCAACACUUUCAGCAGGCCAAUCUGCUUUUUCCCACUUUUACUACCCCUGGUACGAGUCGAAGGUCUAACCUGGUCAGCAGGUCCCCCUCAGUCAGGUGUGCUGCAUUCUCAGCCAGUAGCUGCAAGCCCUCUGAAGAUCCGGACCCCACUGUGAAGACUGUGAUUCUGGGCCAGGAUCUGCCAAUUGUGCGGGACCAGCCAGGACACUUUUUAAUGUAUGUUCCUAUGUGGCACUCAAGAGACUUUGGACGUAUAAUGUUAAGUGCUGCCAUGGCAGUUUUCCCAGAUUUUGGCUGGGAGGACUGUUACUCAGUUCCCGGGCCUAAUGCUGAAAACAAGGCGUUAAUAGAAGAGAUUAUCAAGAAAAGGAAAGAACUCUCGCAUUUGAAAAGCAAGCGAGAGGGUCGCAAAGAUCAAAAGCAACUGGCAACACAAUUCUUGAAACAUGUCAAAGCAGAGCUGGAAAAUAUGGAGGCUCUGUGCCAGGCCAAAGACAGAGAAGCCGAAUUGGAGAAGCACCUCACUGCCAUCGCACAGAGAGAAAUCGGCCAUCUGACGCAGGAGAACGCUCAGAUGGAGAAGGAGCUUCGAUCUUUGGCUGAGAGGAAAAAUUUCCUGGAGAGCGACAUUUUCAAGGUGAAACAGAAGCUGGAGCACUUUCGCAUCCAGAUGGACUGGGACCAGCAGGCCAUGGAUUCUUUCUUGGAUGAGUCAGCACGAAAAGACGACGACGUGAUGGCUAUCAUCAAGUAUUCGCAGCAGGAUGAGCAGAGGAUUAAGUCACUCACUUUGGCCAUUGAGAGGACGACGCUGGAGGCCAAGAAAAAGCGCAAAGCCCUUGACAUGGAAAUGACAGAGAAUUUAUCUGCGCAGAUUGCUUUAGACAAGAUGGCAGAGAAUUUGCAGCAGGCUCACAAGGAAACAGAGCGGAUCAUCCACCAGUGGGAAAACACCAUCCAACAGAUGAAGCAAAGAGAUGCUGAUAUACAACAGUGGGCUCUGAAACUUGCAGAAACCAACCAAAUCAUCAGGGAAAGGAAUGACUCCUUGACAGAAAUGAAGCACUUGCACGACUCUCAGAUGAAUGACAACAAGCAAAAAGGGAGGAAAUUGACGUCAGUCCAUCGUGAGGCGGCAAAACUACGGCAAGAAUUGAAGGCGCAUGAGAAGAAUUACAUGGAAAUGCAGGAUGAGCUCAAAAGUUGUAAAACCUCAAUGGAUAGAACAACCUCCACUGUGGAGUCGAUGAAGUCCCACAUCUCCGGGCUCAAGGAGGAAAUCCAGAAAAGCAAUGUCAAACUGAAGCAAACCUCGGCCCAAAAUGUUGCCCUCGAAGAGAAGCGGAAAGCUGUGACGCAGAAUGCCCUCAGUGAGAAGGAGAAAGCUGCCCAAAUGGAACAGUUCCUCACAGAUGAGGAACAGACCAUUAAGGAGUUGGAUCUCCAACUGCGUGAAUGCAGAGAGGAGCUCUUCCGAUGUAGACAGCAUGUUGACAACCUCAAGAGAAUGGAGAAGGACUCUUUGGCCCAAGAGUUGCGGAGCAAGUCUAUCAUCACCAGUCUGGAACGUGAGCUCAGGAAGCAGGAGAAGCAUUUGAUGAGGCAGCAGAUUAUUAAGAGUGAAAAAGACCUCCAGAUCAUCUUUUUGGAGAAGAAGCUUGCACGACUGAAAGGUCUUGAUGACUCAGAUGAAAAGCAAGCGUUAGAAAUUAAGAUCAGCGAUCUGAGCAAAGCCCUUGAUGAGAGGAUGAAGACAUCUAGCACAAUUAUCAACAGAAUCAAAGAGUCCGAGAGUGAUAUUCGCUAUUUGAGGAAAGAGAAUGAGAGGUCAGUAGCAGAGAAAGAAGCGCUAUACAACAAAGUUGAUGAGUUGAAGCUCAUCAAUAAUAAUAAUGAAAAAGAGCUUAAGAAACUUGGCCUCCACAAACAGGAACAGCUCGUGGAGCAGAAUAUCUUCAAGCUGGAGGUCAAGCGUAAGAGGGAUCUUCUGUUUGACAAAGCCAACGGCGUAGUGUCCUUGGAGAAAAGGCAACUGAAUGUGAAGAAAGCCAUUCAGGAGAGGCAAGAGGAAAUCAGAGUCUACAGUCAAAUGCUCAGCCAGGAACUGAAGACUACAGAGCAGGAGAGACAGAGAAUCAGUGCUGAACUCAAUGCAAAGUUUUCCAAGAUCGACGUCAUGAAGAAACAUUUCGAAGUGGUAACAUUCUCAAUGGGAGCCCCUGGAGGGGAUGACGAGGAUGCAGUAAAGUGUCAAGCACAGUACAUUACCAAGGCAGCGCUAGAGAGAGCAGAACUCAUACAGCAGGGAGAGUGUCUAACUGCCAAAAUCAGCAAGGCUGAGGAGGAAAAUAAAGCUCUGGAGAACACAACUCUGUUAUUCAAUAUCAGCAAUUCACGAUUCCACACAUCAGUAAACAAAGCAAAAGAAUCCAGUGCAGAAUACCAGGAAAAAAUCAAGAUGGAAGAGCAGUUGCGUUUGGUUGAAGACACACUUAAAUACAAGAGAAGACAAGUCAGAGAGCUUCAGCAAGAGCAACAGGAACUGAACAAUGUCUUAGAUAGUGUCCUGCAGGCCAAGCAGGCGGAAAACCAAAAGAUCGAUCACACGCAGUCCCUCAUCAGCAGACUGAAUCGUGAGGUUGCUUCUCAGCAGGAAAAAAUUAACAGAGCCUUAAAACAUUGCUCUAAAUUAACCCAAAAGAUCCGGUUCUCAAGAAACACCAAGGCAGAGACUUUUGAGGAGAAGGACAUCAGGCUCAAACAGUUAAAGGACUUCAACAAGAAUAUCAACAAGAUGCUCAAUGAUGUCACCAAGGGCAGGCCUGACCUCAGAUCAGUCUUGGAGAGCUACUUCCUCCAGACCAGCUUGUCUUUUCCGUCUCCUCCCUCCACUCCCAGCAGCCACCGAAGCUGUAAGACCAACUCAGCCCGCAUCUCUACCUCCUCCAGGUCUUCAGCUUCCUCAGCCAGUAGACGGGAAACCUCUGCACCUCAGUCCCCUCUACUGAAGACUGUGGCCCUGAGUCUAGAUAUAACUGUUCCUUCACCUCCUCUUUCAGCCAGCAGAGGCUCCAGCUCAGCCAUGAGUCGCAUAAAGAGUCCAUAG